AUGAGAAGUAGACGCUUUCCACCAGAACCUACAGAAUUUGACAAGAAAUUUCUAGAAUUAGACAAUUUGAAGAAAGAAGUUAGUCAACAUCUAGGACGGUUAAACAACAUGCGUGUUCGUUACACAGACUGGUUUGAGAGGAGAAAACAAACGUUCAUGGAUUCCAUUAAAAUCAUACAAGUAUAUAGUCCCAUUAAAAUGCCUAAAAUAACUUCCAUGGGAAAUUUAUUGACUAUCAUACACCUUGCUGAAAGGAUACCAAAAAGAAAACUGUCUAAAGAAUGGAUUUCACCUACAAUUCAGGAGUUUUUGAUGUUUUGGUCAGAAAUCUGUGAUUUAAAAGUAAUCGGAGAUGAAAUUUAUAAUAAAGUGUGUGUUUAUUGUGAUAGUAUAACACGAUUAAGAGAUCCAUAUUUAAAAACUAAAGUUGACAAUUUACACACACAGUUAACAGUGAGUUGUUGUGAAGAGUUUUAUUUUAUGGAUGUACACGAUGAAAGACAUAAUCUAGGUUUUUACAGUAUUUCCUCUCAAGAUUUUCAAUUUCAGGGUUUGAUGGGAUUUAUACCAUAUUUACUGCGACUGUCAACACAAAUAUGUUACUGGUCGACCAAAUUAUAUCUUGAAAAAGAAUAA